AUGCCAACAUCAGCAUCAACAUCUAAAUCCAAUCCGCAUUUCGAAAUAAAAAAUUCUCGAGAAAUUUCAAUUUUUCCUCAAACUCCCCAACGGAUAUCGCGCCUUGCUAUUCCAAUUCCAAUUUCAACUCUAAUACCAAUUUCAUACUCAUCUUGGAAAUCGCGCAGCGCGGAUAUGCGUAAAGGGCACUUAAUCCAAAAAUUAAGCCCAAGAAAACCAAUAGCACAGCAAAGAAUAAGGCGAAGCCAAUGGACAUUUAUUGGCAAUUUUUCAGGAACGUCACCCACAGCGCAUCCAUCCAUCUCCAGACAUUCAGGGUUCCACUUUCUAGUAGGAAGGUUCCACCGCGCAAGUACGGAUCAAGGUCUUAAUAUAAUUCACGGUAAAUUGAUCCGGACCCAGGAAAUCGUUUCCCUUUGGCUUGUUAAGCACGAACCCAAAAACAGCAGGAAGCAAGGCAAAGCAAAGCAAAGCAAAGCAAAGCAAAGCAAGACAAGACAAGGCAAGUCCUUUCGGCAAGAAAGAAAGCCGCAUGGACCAUCGAUGCAUGAUGCGGAUUAUGCAAGAAAUGCAGGUAGCAGAAGUAAGAGGGCGUAUGCAUAA